GUGUGGAAAAGGUGGAUGGAUGGGUGAUUCAAGUUUGACUCAUACUCUCCCACAUGUCUCCAAAUUCUACGAGGCUGUUUGGUUUUACAUGAUCAGCUGCUUGAACGGUAAAACAAGUCAACCAGUACAAAAUCUGAUCUGCUUGUGAAACCAUAAAAGGGAAGGAGUCAUGCUGUGGCUCUGAGGGAAUCUCCCUGCAAUCAUUUAAAGUGAAACUGGGGCCUCAAAACGUCCUGAAACAAUAUAUUUUAAUAUCCAAGUGCUAAAAACAGGUCGACUGGAGUUUCUUGAAGACGUUUCACCUCUCAUCCAACGUUGUAAUCCCUUAUGUUGCUGGAGUAUCUGAACAACUCAGGAGGACUUUCAACAAACACCACAUCCCAGUACAUUUCAAGCCUACCAACACACUGAGGCAGAAACUGGUUCAUCCCAAAGACAAAACACCCAGAGCAACGUAGUAUAUGCAGUUGAAUGUAGUGAGGAAUGCACGGACCUGUACAUUGGGGAAACUAAACAACCCCUUCAUAAACGCAUGGCACAGCACAGGAGAGCCAGCUCCUCAGGUCAGUCCACCCACAUCUAAAGGACAAGGGACAUUCAUUUGAAGACAACGAUGUCCACAUUUUGGCCAGGGGAGACAGAUGGUUUGAAAGAGGAGUGGAGGAAGCCAUCUGUGAACAGAGGAGGAGGUUUAAGACACUACCUAUCAGCCACAUGCAACGCGGUCCUGACUUCCAUCCCCAGGGAGUUUCACUGCGAUCCACACCUUAGGACACAUGACUCACAGGGGGCGGGUAAAUGUAUGACCCACAAUGUGUUUUUCAUAGUUAUUUGACCCUCUUCGUCCCCCUCUGCCUCCUACAGAGGUACUAUGGCAGAUCCCUGCCGUUCGGCAAAGACUCUUUCAACAUCCCGCAGGUCGGCCUGCUGACCGUGGAGCAGGCCCUCGCCGACUACAGUGUCAUGAUCACUGGACUGAAGCAGCAGCUGGGGGCCACAGACUGUCCUGUCAUCGUGUUUGGUGGCAGUUACGGUGGAAUGCUGUCAGUUUAUAUGAGACUCAAGUAUCCAAAUGUUGUGGCCGGAGCUCUGGCUGCCAGCGCCCCCAUACUGUCCACUGCUGGGCUGGGAGAUUCCCGGCAGUUUUUUCAAGAUGUUACAGCAGACUUUGAGAGGGUUGCCCCUGAAUGCAGCGAUGCUGUGAGAGGAGCUUUCCAUCAGCUGAAGGAAUUAGCUGAGCGUCAAGAUUACAAAGGCAUCCAGGCAAAGUUUACUCUGUGCAAACCUCCGUCAUCUGCUCAGGACAUCCACCAGCUGUACGGCCUGCUGAGGAACGCCUUCACUCUGAUGGCCAUGCUGGACUACCCCUACAGCACUCACUUCAUGGGCAACAUGCCCGCCAACCCUGUCAAGGUGGCUUGUGAAACCAUGCUGAGUGGAUCUGACCUACUUGCUAACCUCAGGAACACUGCAGGGAUUGUGUAUAAUUCUACUGGGGUGCUGACAUGUUUCGACCUGUACAGUCUGUAUCUGGAGUGUGCUGAUCCCACUGGGUGUGGACUGGGCUUCAACAGCUUGGCCUGGGACUACCAGGCGUGCACAGAGGUCAAUCUGUGCUUUGAGAGCAACAAUGUGACGGACAUGUUUCCUCCCAUGCCCUUCACUGACAGAGACCGUGAGAUUUACUGCUCCAAACGCUGGGCUGUGGUUCCACGACCAGACUGGUUCAAAACCCAGUUCUGGGGUGAUGACCUCUCCACAGCCAGCAACAUCAUCUUCUCCAAUGGAGACCUGGACCCGUGGGCAAACGGAGGGGUGCGCAAGUCCUUGAGCUCAUCGCUGAUCGCUGUCAACAUCCCUGAGGGAGCCCAUCACCUGGACCUGAGAGGAUCCCACGAUGCUGAUCCAGUGUCAGUGAUCACUGCCAGGAAAACAGAAGCAGACAUCAUCGCACAGUGGGUGAAGAUGGAGAGGAGAAGUUUAAAGAAGUCACUUUAAAGCUCAGUCUCUCUGUCACAAUAUACUGGAUAUUAAAGAAUGAAUUAUUGAUAAUGUGUAAUAACACAUAGGAUAAUAUCCUGUAAAUGAUCCAGUGCCUUGUAAAUCCUUUCCAUUUCUUUAUGUCCUGAUGCAGUAUUUCACACUCCAACAAAGUGGAUGUUAGUUAUUGGUUUUAAUUAUUAUGCUGAACAAACCUCAUGUCUCUCUGGAACGUGGGUGUAGAAUAUAGAAGUGUGUUCACUGUAGAACUGAACAGAAAGUGAGUGAACCUAAUGUCAGUGUGUGUGAUGAAUGGGUUUGAUUGAGUGGGAUGCCAGUGAACUGUGUCAUCUCAGAGGAGCUGCUCACUGCGGAGCUAAUUUCAGACCAUGCAUGGACAGGGGUGAGAUUUGCACCUCGUCACUACUCUACACAGGCAGCAGCGUUACAAGGCUGCAGCUUGGCUGACGUGUUCAAACAGCCUGUUUGUAUCUGACCAGCAGUCCAGGACCUCAAGAUAUUCACAUCACAAUCAUGGAGGGCUGAGAGAACCAGGGUCUAUGUGAUUAGCAAGUUAAAACUUAUUUGAUUACUUAAUGAAAUGUCUUUGCAUUAUCUCAGCUCAAUGUUAACCCUUUAGUGCUUGUCGAAACACACUGAUGAUUGUACUUGAACAAGUACAAUCAUCAGUCUCUGACGUGAAGAAACACACAAAACCCAGCGAGGGAACCAGAAACCAUCUCCCUUAGUCAGCCUUUGCUGGGACGAUCCAGUCAAAUACAGUAUUGCUCCUUCUGUAGAUCGGUGCAGGAAUUGCAUGUGACUGGCGCGCUGUCUGUUGGGUGUUAAUGGUUAGCAGUUUUCUGCUCGUCACAGAUCACCUCAUUUACCUGAACUCUACCUGCUCAUCUCUCAAAGCCAGUUAUCCCAGCAUGCUCUUUGUGAUGUGUUCAGUUUAUCUCAGUGAAAUGACAGGGAGCUGCUCUCGCUGUGUUUCUAAUGUUUAAAAUUAAAAAACUACAUGUUUGAAGCACAUGUAGCAGCAUCACUGCAGACCUGCUUUGUUUCACCAGUCAAUGAUCAACACAAAUGUUUCUGUUCAAUAAAAUCUUUUUAAUUUUCA